AUGAAUUUUGUAUUAACGCGUUGUUGGCUUCGGAGGACAGGUGUGGACGCGACCAGAGGUCAGUUUUACUUGGAGUCGGCCCAAUGGGAUCUGCAGCUGGCGGUCGGAUCUUUCUUCGAGACGGCCGGCGAAGACAUAGCGGCUGAGGGACAGCACAAUCCGGUCCCAAGCGAAGAGCACGAGAGGGCACAACAGUUGCAGCAAAUGUUUGGCAACCGUCCGGUCACUGAACGCGUCUCAAACUCGGCGAGCGAUGCAGAGAUGUCGUCCCCUCCGGACAUCACUUCUUCGGCCGCAAACACUCAGAAGCAGCCAAAGAGUGCACCGAAACCGAAAUCUUCGUCAAACUUCGCCACUUUGGACUCAUUGAGACAAGAGAUGGAUUCGGGAGAGAGUAGUGAUGACGAACACCAGGCCUUCUACGCCGGCGGCUCUGAGAGGAGCGGUCAGCAAGUGUUGGGUCCCAAGAAGCCCAAGAAUACGAACGAAAUGGUGACGAAUGUGUUUUCAUCGGCCAAAGAACACGGCGCCGAAGUAGUGGAUCCGUCCGAAGAGGCGAAAGUGAAGAAAAGGGCCAACGCUUUCGGCGGCACCGGCUUUAAACUGGGCUCCACUUCGCAGGAGUCAGCGCCCAUCGCAGGCCCGCCGGCAGCGCAGGGAUCGCGUAAUCAGGAAAUGGUACUCAAGUUUUGGUCGAAUGGGUUUAGUGUAGACGACGGCCCGCUUCGCGAGUACAACGACCCCCAAAACCAGGAGUUUUUGAAUUCCAUCAAAAGGGGAGAAAUUCCGCGAGAAUUGGCGCAGAAAUCGGGCGGAAAAGAAGUGCACUUAAACCUCGAGGACCACAAGAAUGAAGACUACUCUUUACCCAAACGACGUCUGCAGGCCUUCUCCGGUGAGGGCUUUCGUUUGGGUAAUCCUACGGCCGAAGUGGUGACGUCGGCCCCCAAUCCAUCGCAUACUGAUCCCAAUGUGUCCGAAUCGGAAGCCGUGAAGGAUUUGAAUGUCGACCCAAACCUUCCCACCACUAGUAUUCAGAUACGACUGUCGGACGGAACCCGUCUUGUGGUUAAACUGAAUUUAGUGCACACUAUCGCUCACAUCCGACAGUUUAUCUGUACAUCUCGUCCCACAUAUUCCGCCACUAAUUUUGUACUAAUGACUACAUUUCCUAACAAAGAACUAACCGAUGAAACGCUUACCAUAAAAGACGCGAAUCUGGCCAACGCUUCGAUCCUACAAUUAGCAUUGAUUAUGAGCGCACAAGUAAUUGAAAAGUUGGAACAGUUGUGGAGUAUUCUUAACGAGAGUGUCACUGAAGAGGUGAGGUUGAAGUGGUGGCAAACCAUUCAAAAUGAAUACAAAGAUAAUCAGCUCAGAAAACACUACGAUCUCAAUCAUAUUGCAAACAUGUUUAUCCAUUUGGAUGAGAAUCAGAUGAAGAUUAAAUCUGCCAGAAGUGUCUCUUACGCCAUAUUCUUUAAAAAUUUAAGUUAUGAUCCAAAAUGUGUGGACAAUGAGGAGAAAAGCAUCGAUUUAUUCAAACAAUUUGCAAAAGAAGCUGAUAUUAACGAUACGAAUCCAAUUUAUACAGAAGUGAUUGAAUUAAUACUUCUGACAAAAACUCAUUUGACUGAAGAACACAAGAGUGAAACUCUGUUCGGCACUCAAGACAUCCAUUAUUUUCUUGAUUUUGACUUAAGUUAUUUGGGCUCAGAUUCUGACAACUAUACUUUAUAUGCGUUGAGUAUACGAAACGAAUAUGACUUUAUGUCGGAAACGGUCCUCAAGUCAUUGCUAGAAAUCCCCAAAAUAUACUCAACGCAAGAAUUUUACGACAAAUACGAAACUAAAGCCCGGAAUAACAUCAAGAAUGAGAUCGAAGUAUUGGAGGCAUAAUUGCAUCGAUCGGUUGAACGAAACUAUUUUUAAACCUC